AUGAGGGCGGUGGUCCUUUUGGGCCUGCUGGUCCUGAUGUGUCAGCAUACACUGGUGAGCAGCCACAUACUGGGAAGACCUUCGUCCACCAGCGAUCUGGUCCAGCUCAAGUCCCUCCUCGAGCGUUUCGAGGAGACUCUGGCUGAGGCAGCCCAGCAGGAGGUGGACAACGGUGACUAUGAGACAAACCAGGAGCAAGAGAGAAGUCAGGGUUGGAGCUCGGACCAAGAGGGGAACCUGGAGUCCAGGCUCAGCAGCAGAUCCCAGUCACCAGAUGAGGCCCAGAGCAGAGCGUUGAGUCAGAGGAACCACCUGCUGGACCUGCUGAUGACCGCCAGGAAGCGGACCUCUGGAUGCUUCGGUGCAAGGAUGGAUCGGAUAGGGAACACAAGUGGCCUGGGCUGUAACAGUGGACGAGGGUGA